AAAAAUGUUUGGUAGAAACGCAGAGAGAGAGAGAGAGAGAGAGAGAGAGAGAUUUGAGUUGAGAGUAUUUGCUUCAAAGGUUGCCAACUAUAAUUGUGACGGGACGUACAACUCACUCAAAGUUCUCAUCCAUCACCUUGGCUUCUUCAUCCACCUGCCUUCCCUCCCGCCAUAACCAUCCACUCUCUCUUCUCACUUCACCUCACUGUUGCUGCAUAUCUCAGAGAGAGGGAGAGAGAAUGGCAUGCUUUGAGAAGGCAUCACGAGCACUGAAGGAAAUCCUGCUCAAAUUACACAGUGCAGAACAGACACUGGAGAUUGAUCAUUAUUUAUAUGAAUUUGGAUCUGUGAAAUACCACAUUCAGUCAUCUGCAUCAGAUCCACAUCAUGCCUACUUGUCAAUAUCAACCCCACUGCUAUCCCAAGGAGUCCCAUUGUCAUAUGGGCUUCCACAUUAUAUGAUGCAGUUGGUGAAAGGAAUUUGUUCUGAUGCAGUGGAGAUUGUAGAACAUGCAAAGGAAGGAUAUCAGCUCACUCUAAGACUUAACUUUUCUAAAAUUCCAAAAGGCAAAGAAUCUGUGAAGAUAAUCACAGAGAUUUCCACUGUGCAAACGAUAAUACUGAGCUCUCAACUGAAAGAAAUUUUGCGCAAUGCCAGUUCCAAGGAUACAUUUCAAGGGAUCUACAAACCCAUCAAACUUGUCUAUCACCCAAGGGAGCCCUUCUUUGUCAUCAUACAGACGGAUGAAAUAACUGCAGUAUUUCCAAUGCGUUUUAAAGAUAAGUCUGAUGUAAUUCUUGCAACAGCUUUCUUUCAGGAACUCAUGGAUGUGGGACGUUCAGAAGCAGGGGCUAAAGCACCACCAUGCACCUGGUCACCCAUCCCUCCUCCUGAGUUGAGGGGAGAACCCUUUGAAGAUUUGAGCACUAAUGGAGGAUUUGUCUCUUUUGAAAUUUCUUCACGGCACAUUGAAAGAAAAAGGCUAGACAAGACUGUAUGGAGUCUAUUGAACUUCUAUGCCUGCGUGAAAUAUCACAUAAAGUCCACCAGAGGCUUUCUACAAAGAAGAAUGAGGAAACGCAUGGAAGGUUUGGUUGAGGUGCUGCAGAAGGCAAGCAUAGAAGAGGAUGUACAUUUUAAGAAAAUCCAAGGAUGUAGGUGUGUAAGGAAACUAAAAACAAAAACUCUCAAACAAGGAUGUAAGAGUUUCAAAAAGAAGAUCAAAAGGAUCCGUUCGCGCAUUAAAAUCCACAGAUUCAGUCAUUUUCGUCGAAGGUGGUUGACAAUUCCAAAGUUCUCUUCAGCAUUGAAAUAUACAAAAUUAGAUUGACGUUAUUCAUUACUAUUACAUCACCAUAUUUGAUCAAUUGACUGCAAGUAUAACUUCACAGCCAGCAGCGGUCUUCUUCUUCUUCUUCUUCUUCUUCUUUUUUCUACAAUGUUGUAACAGUGGAGUAUUACAGUCAUUUAAUAACAGGGAUGGGUAAAAAAAAUUAUCCUA